UCUCUCUUUUUUUUUUUUCCUCUCUAUCUCUCUCUAUGUGCCCUCUGACCUCUGUGAUGUACGAAGCACGUUAAUGGCGGCUCCGCAUUUCACACAAAUCAAAACUACAGCAUCUUACUGAAUAAACCCUCUCUCAUGUAUUCCUUUCUCAUCUUAUCUCUACUAACUCUCUCCCUCCUCCUCUCAUUCGUCUCCGCUAUCUUCUUUCUCCACAAAUCUUCUCGCCGCAGACCUGCUCAGAAACUCAUAUCCGAAUCCGUAACUAAACUCGAACCAGAGUCUUCUCUCUCCGAUAUUUCAGACUUAGCCCGUGAAGAUGAUGAUGAUGAUGACUCGACGCGUCUCUACGAGUUACUGCUCUCCGAUUCCGAUAAGAAGGAUGAAUCGGAUUGGGAGGAAGAUCUUGCAAAUAAGAAGAAGAAGAAGAGGAAGCGAGGUAAGAAGAAGAAACUAGUAGAUGAAUCCGGCGGCGUUGGUGAAGGAGAUGGGGUUGUGUUGAAUCCGAUGUCUGGCUCGAUUUCGAUUCCGGAUAACAAACCGGAGCAGUUUGUUUGUUUGUAUCCUUUUACCUCGACGAGCAGUGCUACGCAGAGGAAGAUUAAGCAGCAGUACGAUCAGCUUGUUAAAUGCAAUAGUGCCAAAGGAUUGACUCUUGCUCAGGUUGGGGACUUUGCUAAUUGUUUGAUAGAAGCCAAAAAUGAACUACAGCACAAGUCAGAAGUAAUCAAGCGCAAGUUUGCAAUAACAAAAGCCCUUCUCUUCAAGGCUGAUAGAUCAUCCUUUGACCGACUUCGUCAACAGAUCAAUAAGCUGGAGCUGGAACAAAAAAGAGUAGAAGAAGAUGCACUUGUAUAUAAUUGGUUCCAACAACAGCUAAAACUUUCACCUGCAUACAAAAAGGUUCUUGAAAUAAGCGCUUCGAUGGAACUGAAAGAAAAAUCAAGUAGAGAGUUAGACAAUCCAGAUGAUGAAUUUUCAGACAUUUCCUUCGAAGAGCUAUUGGAACAAGAGAAGAAAGACUCCUUUUGGUCAGCACCUCUCUCUCUCUCUCUCCUCAAGCUUAACUCCAAAUUACUUGCUCCAUAGGCAUAAAAAUGGAAAAUUGCGAACUUGCAGAACAUGAUUUGGUGGGAUUGAAACUGCCGUGAGCUCAGCAGGAAAACUGAAUCCUUUAUGUUCUCUCUUUUUUUUGGUGGUGUAUAUAGACAGACUAUAGAGAGACAAAACCAGUUUCCUCCAUAGGCCUACUAGUCCUGGGACACAUUACCGGGUUUUCAAAUCGAUUUUUGGGGUUCGGUUUGAAUCAAAUUAAUUCGGUUUAUCUACAUUGAACUAAGUCCAAAGCAUCUCUGGAGCUAGACUGAAGAUACGCUUUUUUGUAGACAAUACUAUUGAUAUAUACAAGCAUGAUCUACAAAUCGGGGGUAAAAGGA